AUGGGCCGUUUGCAGAUAAUCGAACUUGGGGCUCUUGACGCCGGCGUGACGUCUCGAAAAUGCACCUUAACUCUUCAACGAAAGGUUUCUUUCGCGGUGCGAGAUUUCGAGCUGCUCCUAGCACCUGAGCUCGCUCGAAGUGGCUCGAAAAAGGGCAGAAUCGAUCUGGCCUCUGCUAGCUCCCUUUGGCUUCAGUUCCUAACAGAAGCGUGCCCUCGCGGGUGCUUCAAAAGCGCUCGAUUGCUCGCGGGCGCCACGGCUCCGUGCAAUUGGGGCGCGGCGCGGGCCCAGCUCGCGUCGGAUGCGCCUAGCCGGACUAAAUGUCAGUCGAGCGCGGGCGAAUACGUCAGUGCGCGCGCGCUUCGUAAGCGUAACGUGUACGGGCCGAUGACGGAAUUUAACACGCGCCUCGUCAUGCCCGCCUGGUACUUCUGGAUCGGAAACACUGCUGGCAACGGUGGAAAUGAUUGGGCUUACUUGGUG